AUGAGCUUAACAUCCUGGUUUUUGGUGAGCAGUGGAGGCACCCGCCAUAGGCUGCCACGAGAAAUGAUUUUUGUUGGAAGAGAUGACUGUGAGCUGAUGUUACAGUCACGAAGCGUGGACAAGCAACAUGCUGUACUUAACUAUGAUGCCUCAACGGAUGAACAUUUGGUGAAGGAUUUGGGCAGCUUGAAUGGCACAUUUGUGAAUGAUGUGAGGAUUCCAGAACAAACAUACAUCACUCUGAAGUUGGAAGAUAAAUUGAGAUUUGGAUAUGAUACUAAUCUUUUUACUGUCGUCAGGGGAGAGAUGAGAGUCCCUGAAGAAGCACUUAAGCAUGAAAAAUUCACAAGCCAACUCCAGUUAUCCCAAAAAUCUUCAGAGGCAGAAGGGUCGAAGCAAACCAGCUCCAAAAGCUCAGAGUCCAAGGUAACAGACUCCCCAGCUGAAGUGCACCACAAAACUACAGAAGCACUGAAAUCUGAGGAGAAAUCAAUGGAUCUUUCUGCCAUGCCUCGUGGGACACCUUUGUAUGGACAGCCAGCCUGGUGGGGUGAUGAUGAAGCUGAUGAAAAAAGUGGUUGUAAGCCAGAUAGCAAGCAUGAAGAAAAAAUGCAUGAGACGGGGGCUUCAGGAUGCAGCACAGAUGCCAAGCAAGCUGAGGAGCAAUCUGCAGCUGCAAGUGAAGAACUUUAUCCUUUCUGUAGGGAGCCAAGUUAUUUUGAAAUCCCUACAAAAGAAUUCCAGCAACCUUCACAGGUAGCAGAGAGCACUAUUCAUGAAAUUCCAACAAAAGACACCCAAAGCUCCCAUGCAGCGGGUGCAGGGCAUGCUUCCUUUACCAUUGAAUUUGAUGACAACACUCCAGGAAAAGUAACAAUCAAAGAUCACGUGACAAAAUUCACAUCGGAACAGCGUCACAAGUCAAAAAAACCUUCUUCCUCCAGUGGCCAGGACCUGCCUGGGCUUCAAACGGUGAUGAUGGCCGCAGAGAGCAAAGUAGCAGAUUGGCUAGCACAGAACAAUCCUCCUAGAAUGAUAUGGGAACCAACAGAGGAGGAUUCCAAAAGUAUUAAGAGUGACGUUCCAGUGUACUUGAAGAGACUGAAAGGGAAUAAGCAUGAUGAUGGUACACAAAGUGAUUCAGAAAAUGCUGGUGCACACCGGCAUUACAAUAAGCGGGCAGCACUUGAAGAACACUUACGGCAUCAUCAUACAGAGCUGAAAAAGUCACACCAGAAAGUCCAUUCCACAGAAAAGCAGCAAGAGCAAGCCAGUUUGAGUCAGACUGCCUUUAUGAUUGAGUUUUUUGAUGAAGACCAUCCUCGAAAGAGACGUUCUUACUCUUUUUCACAGAAUGUAGGAGCUCUGUGCCCAGAAUCUCCAUCUCCAACACCUCCUGUACGAGCUGAGAGAGUGAAACCUACAUCGGGAGAGAAAGCAGUCCCUUCAUCUGUGCAAGCUAGCUCAUUGCAUCACAGAGCAGUCCAUGGCGUUCAUGCAAAACUUCUAAAACAAAAAUCAGAAGAACCCUCUGCUGCAUUACCUGUGUUACAAGCUGCAUUGUUAAGAAGUUCAGGAAGCCUUGGCCAUAGGCCUAGUCAGAACCAGGAGAUGGACAAAAAGUUGAAAAGCCAACAUAUUUCUGCUGCUACUGAAAAGGACAAUGAGGAUGACCAGAGCGACAAAGGUACUUACACUAUUGAGUUGGAAAAUCCCAAUUCUGAAGAAAUGGAAGCCCGUAAAAUGAUUGACAAGGUAUUUGGAGUGGAUGACAGCCAGGAUUAUAAUAGGCCUGUUAUCAACGAGAACCAGAAAGAUUUAGUAAAAGAUUGGGCUAUAAAUUCUGCUACAGUAGUGCUGGAAGAAAAAAGACCACUGAGUACAACUGGAUUUCUUGACACAGAGGAAGGUUGUACUGCCCCUGGAAGUAAACGUUGGGUAUCGCAGUGGGCCAGUUUGGCUGCUAAUCACACACGUCAUGACCAAGACGAUACCAAAUUGGAGUCAUCUGUGCCUGUUCCAUUAGAAAAUGACGCAGACAUCAGUGAGUCUGGUAUUUCCGUUAGAAGCACUGGUUCAGCUGCUUCUAUGACUAGCCAAGGUGAGCGAAAGAGGAGGACACUUCCACAGCUUCCCAAAGAGGAGAAAGUGAAUGAAAGUGCAAAAGCAAAAACUGCAUCUCAUCAGAGAUCAGAAAUAGGUGAGAAGCAAGACACUGAACUUCAGGAGAAAGAAACUCCAGCUCGUGCCGCAGAUGCUGACAGCAGAAGUAUAGCUAAAUCAAGCAGAACAAUGAAUGGUCUUUCGCCCAAAGCUACUGGAGACAAAGUUUUUUCUUUCCCCAGCUCUUCCAGUAAAGAGAGAGUUGAAACUGGCAGAGAAACUUCUGUGGUAAAACAAGCUCUAGCAAAAAUUCAACAACAAGAAAGAAAGGAGCAAGGACACUGGACACCCACAAAACUAUCCUCUACAAAAUCUGCUGCAAACCAGGUUGAGAAAGGUAGGGAGGAAAUUGCUAUGUCACCCAAAACUUUGGAUAAUCAAGACAAAGCUCCUGGACAUGUUACAGACAAAGCAGAAAUGAAGUUGGCACAAAGUGAGGGGAAAAGAAGAAAAAAUGAGGAAACAAUAAAAGGGCAAAGUCCUAAAGUAUCUGGAGGAGAAAAAAAGGAAACUUCAAAACCAUUAGUUAGGCAAGGUAGCUUUACUAUAGAUAAGCCUAGUACAAAUAUACCUAUAGAACUUAUUCCUCACAUUAAUAAGCAAAGUGGAUCUGCUGCCCCUUUAGCAUCUGCAAACAGGUUACGUGACAGAAGUGAUUCAAUGGACACUGAUUCCAGUUUAGAUACAACACUCAUUUUAAAAGACACAGAAGCUGUAAUGGCUUUCCUUGAAGCUAAAUUGCGUGAAGAAAAUAAAACUGAUGAAGGUCCUGAGACUCCUAGCUAUAACAGAGAUAAUUCCAUAUCACCAGAAUCAGAUGUAGAUACAGCCAGCACAAUCAGUCUUGUUACUGGUGACAGUGAGCGAAAAUCCACACAGAAGCGGAAGAGCUUUACAACCUUAUAUAAAGACAGAUGUUCCUCUGGUUCCCCUUCAAAGGAUGUUUUAAAAUCUUCUGCAACAAGUGCCAGAGAAAAGAUGGAAAAGAAAACUAAAAGUCGAUCUUCAGAUGGUGGGUCUAGAGCUGAUGCUCGCAAAACUGUGCAAUCCAGUGGAAGAAUGAGACAGCCAUCAGUAGAUUUGACAGAUGAUGACCAAACAUCUAGUGUUCCUCAUUCUGCCAUUUCUGACAUCUUAUCAUCUGACCAGGAAACCUACUCUGGCAAAUCACAUGGAAGAGUUCCUUUUGCUUCAGCAGAUGAACUUUUGCAUUCCAAAAUGGAAGGAAAGUCAGCUAAAUCAAAAACCUCUCCUGUUGCACUUGGGCAAUCUAGUAAAUCUACCACUCUUCCUAGACCUCGUCCUACAAGAACUUCUCUCUUGCGCAGAGCGCGGCUUGGUGAAGCCUCAGAUAGUGAGCUUGCUGAUGCUGAUAAGGCUUCAGUGGCUUCUGAAGUGUCCACUACAAGUUCUACGUCAAAACCUCCAUCAGGGAGGAGAAGUAUUUCCAGAAUAGACUUACUUGCUCAACCUCGCAGAACUCGACUUGGCUCUUUAUCGGCACGUAGUGAUUCUGAAGCAACAAUAACUAGAAGUACUGCCUCAUCUCGUACCCCAGAAGCUAUUAUAAGAAGUGGUGCAAGGUUAACAUCAGCAGGAGAUAGUAGUAAAGUUUCUGCUAGAACUAGAGCCAAUAGCAUUUCUCGACUUUCAGAUUCAAAAUCCAAAUCUUUGGCUUCAGCUCAUAAUUCUCCCUCAGAGAAAUCCAAGCUUCUCCCAGACCCAGAUCCUGAUGUUGAAACUUACAGUGUAAGUGCAAGAUGGAGGCGCUUUCCUACAGAUUAUGCUUCCACCUCAGAAGAUGAAUUCGGAUCAAACCGUAAUUCCCCUAAACAUACCCGUCUACGUACCUCUCCAGCCCUGAAAACCACGCGACUGCAGAGCACUGGGACAGCAGCUCAAAGUAGCAAUACAUUCAAGCACAGAAUAAAGGAGCAGGAAGACUACAUUCGUGACUGGACUGCUCACCGAGAAGAAAUAGCAAGCUGGAUCCCAGAAUACGAAAUUCUGGUUCCAUUAGUGGGACUUGCAGAAAUACUUUGCGUAGAACUCUUAGUUGCUAAUGGUGUAGUUCCUGAGGCUGAAGUAUAUCUGAUUUUGUACUACCUUUACAGUCAUACUGAG